UUCUUUUCACAACCUUUUGUUCACAACUAUGCCGAACUCCUGGCUUGUUUUCUAGGAGUUUUACAUCUGUGGGUGUUUCUGGGUGAAGCAGCCGUCCACAGGGCUGCCAGUAGUUCAGGGCAUCAGGAACCUCCACCAGGGCUGUCCAGACCAUGGCAGCUGUGGAUAUGGCUGCUGUUAGGAGCAGGGAAAUGGAUGCCAUGGAAGAAAGCAAUCCUGCAGUGCAGACUGCAACACACUCCUUGUUCGGGUCACCUUGCUGGAGCUGGGCAGCUGGAUCAAGGAGCAGAUAACAGCUUGUGAGGUUGCACUUUGCCUCUUGUUUCUCCGAAGGAACAGAACUCAUUUACGAGGAGUUUGGGCAGCUGGAUUGUGGCUGCAGCAGAGCUGGGAUGUUUCUUACAGAAUGAAAAAUUCCCUGCAGGAAGGAUGAGAAACUUUGUUAGCAGUGGGAGGCAACGCCUGGUGCUUGCAAACACCUGUGGCCCACAGGAUCAAGUCAGGAAGGUGCAGGGACUGGAGCAGGAACAAGGCAAACAUUGGAUCUGCUGCUGGCUCCUGCACAGACUGCUUGGUGACCUUGGCCGAGUCCCUUCUCCCCUUUCUGUUCCCGUUUGUAAAAGGAUGAGAGUCUGUGGCUUUUGUAAAAUGCUCCAGGAGCAAAAAUAGAGUUGCACUGAAGACAGUGACCAGCUGCUUGCAAUGAAUAGAGUCUUUGUGGGGGGUAUUCUUUUUUCUUUUUUUUUUUCUUCCUCGUUUUAGCUCCCAGUUAUUUGUUCUCCCCCAGGGCUUUUGGGAUGGGACGGCUGUUAAACAAAUGGCAGGACUCUCUUCCAUAGCUUACGUGCCAUCGAGCAUUAUCUAAAUUUUAUGUCUCUUCUGAGCCUUUGUUUUAUGAGAAGAAGUCACUGAGCUGGCAGCUCUGUCCCCUUUUGGCUACGGAGGCAGGAGCUGAUUCCGCCCGGCAGGACCAGGAAGUGCCAGCCUGCUGCAGGAUGUGUUGUGCUGCAAAGGAGAGCCAAGGUCACCAAAUCAUUAUCUCUGGCUGUUGGCAACCACCAUCGAGUGCAGUGUUCCUGUGCUUGCAAAGCUCUGACUCCUUCCUCUCUGCCUGUGCUGUUGCUGGUCUCUGGAACUGUGUUACCAUCAACCCACUGAACAUUGCAGCCGGUGUGUGGAUGAUGUUGAACGCCUUCAUCCUGUUCCUGUGUGAGGCUCCAUUCUGCUGCCAGUUCAUUGAGUUCGCCAACGCCGUGUCUGCGAGGGCAGACAAGCUGCGGGCCUGGCAGAAAGCUGCUUUCUACUGCGGGAUGGCCGUGUUCCCUGUCAUUCUCAGCCUGACGCUCACCACGCUCUUUGGAAAUGCCAUUGCGUUUGCGACCGGGGUUCUUUAUGGCCUGUCAGCUCUUGGCAAGAAGGGAGAUGCCAUUUCCUACGCUCGGAUCCACCAGCAGCAGAAGCAAAUGGAUGAAGAGAAGCUCACAGGGUGCCUGGAGGGACAGGCUCUGUGAAGUGCAUGCGCCCUGGGCGACCUUUUGGACCCUGAGAUGGUGGUGAAGAUUUGGGAACCCACUCUGCCCUCCCAUCUGCCCGCCCCCUCUCUGUCACUCCAUGAUUUCCCUGGACACUACGGCAACAACUGGAGCUCUCAGGGCUGGGGUGGGCUGUGCCCCCCUCACACACCAGCACUUGGACCUCAGUGCUUUGGCUGCUCCCUCCUCCUGCCACUCAGAACCAAAUAUCUCAUGGUCCUUCUUUUUCUUUCUUUCUUUCUUUCUUUCUUCUUUUUUCUUUUUUGUGCAGAGGUGCUGGCCCUUUGAGUGCUGCUGUACAAGCCUAAAUACGUAGCCUUUCUCUGUUUUAAUGCCCAUCACAUUUUGCUGGGGAUUGUGUGUGGGCAGCACACUCUCUGGGGACUGCUCUUGGAGCUCCUUGGCUCCAGAGGUCUGAUGCCCAGGGUGCUGCUGCACAUUACACAUUUAAUGCAGCACACUCUGGUGUGGCUCUUUCCGGGCAUAAAACAAGAAUGCAGUGUUUAGCAGUACCUGCUGAUGCUUGCACUUGGUGUUUUUCAUCAUGCAGGUUUUAAUAUGGGUCCAGUUAGGCCAGACAUUGGAGGCAUCUUUGCACAGUAAAGGACUUCCAGCAAAAAAAAAAAGCCAAGCAUGAAGACAGUGAUGCCUCCAGAGGAGAGAAGAACAGUCUGCCCUUUCUCUGGAUACAGCUUCAGGCAGAUAAUGCAAUUUACUUGAAUUAUAAGCAUUAAUUAUGUAAUCUUAAUAAGGGUACUUUUCUUCAGCUUCACUCUUUUACUGGGCAAGAAGAGAAGCAAGGCUGAAAAGGCAUUGUGUUGCUUGAGGCAAAUGGAGGCUGUUUGCAGGUGGGAUGGUUGCUAAUGUGCAAGUGAGUCCCCUCUGAGCCCAGACAGACACUGCUCUGUUCUCUCACUUCCUGUGUCUGCUCCUGCAGUCUGUUCUGAGCGUGGGACCAGCCCUUGGCUUCUGUCUGUACAGCCUUUCUCAUUGAGCUCAUGCUUUUUUGCAUCAACCCGGGCUGGUUUUUGUAUGGGAAGGAGGCAAAUCCUUGCUUUGCAAACAGGAAAAUCCCAUUUUUGUGGGGUGCUGCUUUAUUCCAAGCACCAUCAGCAGUGCUGACUCUGUUUGCUUUGUUUGAGACCGAACAGAACUGCUCAUCGGGUCCAGAUCCCCCACCUCUCAUCACAGUUUCUUUUGGGGGAUGGGAGGGGAAGGGUUAAUUUAUUUGUUUUUUACUUGAUUGCCAUCUGUUUUACUUAGGAAAAGGGAGAAUAAUUUAUUUCUGCUUAUUUAAGUAUUUUGAUGAGACUCGUCAGAGUGCAUCAUCUCAUUUCAGGGGUCUCUGGAAAGCGUGCUGUCCUUCCUUUGAUCCCUUUGUCUGAUUGCAGUGACAGGAGAUGGCUCUCCUUGCUGAGCCUGGUGCUCAGUGGAAAUAGGCAGCAGCUCUGGCCCUACGCCUGCUGCCUGCUGGCACCUCAGGAUCCCUUUUGUGUUACUGGGGUGCUGGGGUGGGAGGUCACACUGCAAUUUGGGAGAGCUGCUGCUGGAGGGCACUGGUGCAUGUGGGCAUUGCAGCAGGAGCAGUGCUGUCCCUGGAGGCUGGGGGGUUAAGCUGUCAGCGACUGCUCCUUGUUGGUUCUUUGCUGGAGUUCAAGGAGGUGUGAAGAUUUGCACCAGGCAGGAAUCUGGUGUGAGUUGAUUUGCACAUGCAGGGCCUUGCUGGGCAGCUGCUUUGUGCUAAGCCCUUUCCCCCGGGGCCUCUGUGCUGUAUUUGCUCUGACACCAGCUUGUCUGGGGUUCAGAACUGCCAGCCCAGAUGCAACGUGGUUUAAUAAAAGUUUUGCUGUUUCAGAGCCCCCCAGCUCUGGGCUGGUCCUUUGGCUGUGUGCAGUAUGUGGGGUGUUGGCUUUCUGUCUGUGUGUGUGUGCAGGGACUGCAAACUGCCGUGCUGCCUUUGCUGUGAGGGGAGUGCAGGGAUCCCUGUUAGUAGCCAAGGCCUCUCUGCUCCUUGCAUCCAUGUGCAGCAUCGUGGAGUGGUUGCAGAGCAGCACCCUGCUCAAUGGGCAGAGCACCCACAUUUGAUUUCAGGGGGUUUUCAGUAGUUUAGUAGCAUUUGGUAGAGGAACAUUGCAGACAGAGGCAGCAGUAUCAGGGUGAGCACAUCUGCAGUGGGUGCUCCUGGGAGCUGUUGCUGGCUGUGGUGCAGCAGAACACAAACCAGGUGCUGCUCUUGCUGUGGCCACAGCCUGGUGGAGUCUGCAUGCUGCACCCAUGGCUUUCAGGAGUGGUGGAGUGUUAAUGGAUGGCUUCUCCUCAGAGUUGGGUGAGAGGUUGUUUUAGUGGCAAUAGGAAGACUUUUAGAGUAGUAGUAUCACAGUAGUUAGCGUGCCCAUUCACAGUGCAUGGUGGUUAUUAGUUGUGUUUAGAGGCACCAUUAGGGUGCUUGGAGCUGUGCAAGAAUGAAGGAAGUGAAAAGCACCACUGCAGUGAUUUGAUAGGCUCAGCUCAGUGCAGGUAAGGGGCAUCCAUGGGUGAGGUACUGCUUGCCAGGUCUCGGAGAGGACUUAGAGGGGAGGAUGGGACAGAAAUUUUGUUACGUGAGACCUCAGGAGCAGGUGAUACAUUGACUGCAGUGAGUAUGGAAAGACAGCUGAGUACUGGCAAUAAAUACACACUUGGAAAUGGACUGUUACACCAUUCCUGUCUGAGCUGUGCACUUCUCUUACCAAGCACAUUUGUACAGUGUGCAACUGCUCCAUUUAGUCACAAAAAGUGCUGCAGUUGUGCAUUAUGCUCCAGGUUCCCAAGGGCUCUCCACUGGGCAUGCAAAGAGCAGAACCUCUCGUUCUGCUGUAUGCCCACACCUUGCUGCUCUAAGCAGCAGCUGAUUUUGUAACAGCAAAUUGAUCCUCUGUGUGUGCAGUGAAUAAAAAGACCAUUCUACCUCUGGAAAGAGCCACUGUGAUUUCUCAAUCCAAAUGCAGCAAAACCCCUCAGACUUUCUGUAUGGAAGAAAGAAGGUCACUCAGCAAACACUUCUCCAAUGAGGUUCUCUCAGGACCUGGAGAGCCCAACGUCGAUUCAUAUUUGGGCAUUUCCUCCUUUGGCCCUGGGAAGCUCAAUUCAUCUUUGUCAUUUUUUCUUUUUCCUCAGGAGAAAAAACAUCCACUGUCUGCAGGGAAAGGUUUCACUGAAGUGAGGAUAUCGAGACCUGGUCCAUAGCCAUGUGAGGAGGAGAAUGCUGUAGGACAGGGCUGCCAGAGAGCCUGAUCUGCUGAAGGUCAGUGGAAACCAGAGGCUCUUGAGAUCUCAGGCCAUGCACAGAAACAGUAAUGCUCCAGCCAGGACUGGACAUCUUUCUGGAAAUGGGUCUCAGCUGUAAAGGUUGAGUUUAAUACUGAAAAUGUUGUGUUUUGAUUUUGGCCCAUCUCUCUUCCUCUGUCCUUGGCUGCUUUAAAUUAACCCUCUGAUAAAGCACAUCUUCCCUUGGGUGAGAUGCACCUCCUGCUGCAGGGGAUCUAAAAGCAGUUAGUAGUUCCUGAGAUCUCAGUCACAUGCUCUGCACUGCCUCCUGAUUCCUUGGCAGGAAGGGAAGAUACAAGCUUAUCCACGACUCUCAGCUCGCCUUGUGCAUUUCAGCAGGCUGACAAGUGCUUGGGCAGGUGAUCCCCAGGCUCAGGGCAUGUUGUUAUGUCGUUCUGCCCCUAUGGGGAGAGCCAGGUCAGGCAAUUCUCAGCAAGGCCAGUUGUUCCUCACAGCCAUAACCACCUCUUGCACUGUGCUUUACUUUAAACAAGACCUUAGCCACGCAGGACAUCAGGAAAGGGGUAAGAGCAAUUUGCUACUAUCUAUGCAGCUGAAAUCUCAAAGUGGUGGAGGUGGAGGCUCUACACACAGCUGUGGUGGAGGCACAUCCACCUUCCUUCUUUGUAAAACCCUGGGGAGGGAAGGACCUGCCCCACUACAAAGCAUUAUCUGUACUGACCGUGUCUUUCCUGCAGGGAAUCACUUGCACUACAGCUGAAUGUCUGUCUGUUCCCAGUCUUUGUGCUUUGUCCUGAGUUUUCUUUGUGAACCGUGGUUGGUCUCGUUCAUUAGGCUUCUAGUGUAACGUGUUUUUAGAGCAAUAAAAUGUGGCAGCUUUUUAUACAA